GAUGAACACACUCAGAUUAGUGAAUCGGAGCUGAAACAACAAGAACUCACCUCGGAUUUAUCUCCUCUUCUUCACUUUUUUAUUUUUUCCUUCUGCUCGGAUGUAAAUCAGUAAAUCAAUCGAUGAAUGGAUGAAGUGAUCGGAAAGACGGAGGAUUAACUGGAGCUCUGUUUGGCAGGAAUAAAGUUGAAUCUGAAGAAGAAGUAGAAGAGGAUGAGGAUCUGAUGAGGAUCUGAUGAGGAUCUGAUGAGGAUCAAACCGAUCGGAAACUGAUCAAAGUGAUUGACGAUGAUUGUUUGGAGCUGAAGCAGCAGCGGAGAUGUACGAGGAGAACCGCCGAGGUACCGGUCGUAACGGCUACAACAAGGCAGUGGACGGAGAGGAUGGAGGGGGGGAGGGGGAGGAGGAGGAGGAGGGAGGGGAGGGGGAUGGGAGGGGAGAGGGAGGAGGGGGGGAGGAGGGGGAGGAGAGAGAUGCCGACUGGGACGAACACCUGGACGGCGAGAACGAGGGCGGAGUCAGGAUGACGAGAACCGACACACUUCACUCAACCACGAGUUCAACCGGAACACAGAGGAGGAGGGGACAACAUGCUAAGAAACAGGUGCAGGGCAGUAACCAGGUGCAGCGAGCUCCUCGGGCGUUAUACUGCCUGAAACUCAACAACCCGAUCAGACGGGCGGCGCUCUCCAUUGUAGAGUGGAAACCGUUUGAUAUCUUCAUCCUGUUAGCCAUCUUUGCUAACUGUGUCGCUCUGGGAGUUUCCAAACCAUUUCCUGAGGACGACUCAAACUCCACCAACCAUGAUCUGGAACAAGUGGAGUACGUGUUCCUCAUCAUCUUCACAGUGGAGACCUUCCUGAAGAUCCUGGCCUACGGUCUGGUGAUGCACCCCAGCUCCUACAUCCGCAACGGAUGGAACCUGCUGGACUUCGUCAUCGUCAUCGUCGGGUUGUUCAGCGUCGUCUUGGAGCAGAUGACCCACAAGUCGAGUGGCGAACAGGCGACGACCCACCACGUACCAGGAAAACCUGGAGGUCUGGACGUCAAAGCCCUACGAGCCUUCAGGGUCCUGAGGCCCCUCAGACUGGUGUCUGGAGUUCCCAGUCUUCAGAUUGUGUUGAACUCCAUCAUGAAGGCGAUGGUUCCUCUGCUGCACAUCGCUCUGCUGGUCCUCUUCGUCAUCAUCAUCUAUGCCAUCAUCGGCCUGGAGCUCUUCAUUGGACGCAUGCACAGGACCUGCUACUACAUCGGGACAGAUAACUACGUGGAGGAUGAACCGGUUCCGUGUGCGUUCGCGGGUCACGGCCGGCAGUGUGUCGUUAACGGGACGGAGUGUCGCGGCCGGUGGGACGGUCCCAACGGAGGAAUCACCAACUUCGACAACUUCUUCUUCGCCAUGCUGACGGUGUUCCAGUGCAUCACCAUGGAGGGAUGGACCGACGUCCUGUACUGGAUGAACGACGCCAUCGGCUUCGAGCUGCCCUGGGUUUACUUCGUCAGUCUGGUCAUCUUCGGGUCCUUCUUCGUUCUCAACCUGGUUCUGGGAGUUCUGAGCGGAGAGUUCAGUAAGGAGAGGGAGAAGGCGAAGGCUCGAGGAGAUUUCCAGAAGCUGCGGGAGAAGCAGCAGAUGGAGGAGGAUCUCUGUGGAUACAUGGACUGGAUCACUCAGGCCGAAGACAUGGACGAGCUGGAUGAGGACGGAAACCCACGUCCGUCUUUAGGAGAUCUGUCGGACAAGAAGAGAGGAAAGUUUGGAUGGUUCAGUCACUCCAACGAAACUCAUGCGAGUCUUCCUGCCAGUGAAACAGCGUCUGAAAACACCGAGAACAUCGAUGAGGAACACACCAACUGCUGCCAGGCCUGCUGUGCUCGGAUGAUGAAGAUCGGCUGCUGUCGGACGCUGCGACGCUGGAAUCGAGUCUGUCGGAGAACGUGUCGCACCGCCGUCAAGUCGGUGACCUUCUAUUGGCUGGUCCUGCUGCUCGUCUUCCUCAACACCUCCCUAAGCGCCUCCGAGCACUACAAUCAACCUGAUUGGCUGACACAAGUGCAGGACAUAGCCAACAAGGUGCUGCUGUCCCUGUUCACGGUGGAGAUGCUGCUGAAGAUGUACAGUCUGGGUCUGGCUCACUACUUCGUGGCCUUCUUCAACCGCUUCGACUGCUUCGUGGUCUGUGGAGGAAUCAUGGAGACCAUCCUGGUGGAGAUGGACAUCAUGCCUCCUCUGGGGAUCUCAGUGCUGCGCUGUGUCCGGCUGCUGCGCAUCUUCAAGGUCACACGCCAUUGGACGGCUCUGUCCAACCUGGUGGCGUCGCUGCUGAACUCCAUGAAGUCGAUCGCCUCGCUGCUGCUGCUGCUCUUCCUCUUCCUCAUCAUCUUCGCUCUGCUCGGGAUGCAGCUGUUCGGGGGGAAGUUCAACUUCGAUGAGACGCAGACCAAACGCAGCACCUUCGACGCCUUCCCGCAGGCGCUGCUCACCUGCUUCCAGAUCCUGACAGGUGAGGACUGGAACGUGGUCAUGUAUGACGGCAUCAUGGCGUACGGCGGCCCCGUGUUCCCAGGGAUGAUCGUCUGCGUUUACUUCGUCAUCCUCUUCAUCUGCGGUAACUACAUCCUGCUGAACGUCUUCUUGGCUAUCGCCGUGGACAACCUGGCUGGAGGAGACGGAGACGACAAGAAGAAAGAGCAGAAGAAUGAAGGAGGUGAAGAGGAGGGGGCCGAGGAAGGAGCAGAAGAAGUUAAGGUGGACAUGGAUGAAGACACCGAGUACGAGGAGGAGGAGGAGCUUCCUGAAGGAGACGACGAUGGAGGAGUCCAGUUAAAGAUGGCCGACCUCGCUCCUCCCAAAGAGAAGGUUCUUCCCAUCCCAGAAGGCAGCGCUUUCUUCUGCCUCAGCAAGACCAACCCCAUCCGUGUGGCCUGUCACACUCUGAUCCACCACCACAUCUUCACCAACCUCAUCCUCGUCUUCAUCAUCCUCAGCAGCUGCUCGCUGGCCGCCGAGGAUCCAAUCAGAGCGCACUCCUUCAGGAACAACAUCCUGGGUUAUGCAGACUACGCCUUUACCUCCAUCUUCACUGUGGAGAUUCUGUUUAAGAUGACCGUCCACGGAGCGUUUCUCCAUCAGGGUUCGUUCUGCAGAAACUGGUUCAACCUGCUGGAUCUUCUGGUCGUCAGCGUCUCUCUGGUCUCCUUCUUCCUGCACUCCAGCGCCAUCUCAGUGGUGAAGAUCCUCCGAGUUCUCAGGGUUCUUCGACCUCUCAGGGCCAUCAACAGAGCCAAAGGACUCAAGCAUGUGGUCCAGUGUGUGUUCGUGGCCAUCAGGACCAUCGGAAACAUCAUGAUCGUCACAACUCUUCUGCAGUUCAUGUUCGCCUGCAUCGGAGUCCAGCUGUUCAAGGGUAAAUUUUAUCGCUGCACAGACGAAGCCAAACACACUCCAGAACAGUGCAAAGGAACGUUCGUGGUCUACAAAGAUGGCGACGUGAGCCACCCAAUGGUCAGAGAGCGAAUCUGGCUGAACAGCGACUUUAACUUCGACAACGUGCUGAUGGGGAUGAUGGCGCUGUUCACCGUCUCCACCUUCGAGGGCUGGCCGGCGCUGCUGUACAAAGCCAUCGAUGCCAACGGAGAAAACUCUGGUCCCAUCUACAACUACAGGGUGGAGAUCUCCAUCUUCUUCAUCGUCUACAUCAUCAUCAUCGCCUUCUUCAUGAUGAACAUCUUCGUGGGUUUCGUCAUCAUCACCUUUAGGGAGCAGGGAGAGCAGGAGUACAAGAACUGUGAGCUGGACAAGAACCAGCGUCAGUGUGUUGAAUACGCUCUGAAAGCUCAGCCGCUGAAACUCUACAUCCCCAAGAACCCGGUUCAGUACAAGUUCUGGUCCAUCAUCAACUCGACGGGCUUCGAGUACGUCAUGUUUGUCCUGAUCCUGCUGAACACCGUCACUCUGGCCGUGCAGCACUACGAACAGUCCAAAACCUUCAGCUACAUCAUGGACAUCCUCAACAUGGUCUUCACUGGACUCUUCACUGUGGAGAUGCUGCUGAAGCUGCUGGCGCUCAGACUCAGGCAUUACUUUGUGGACGCCUGGAACUCCUUCGAUGCUCUGAUCGUAGUCGGCAGCGUUGUGGACAUUGUGGUGACCGAGUUCAGCAGUGGAGAGGACAGCUCCAGAGUCUCCAUCACCUUCUUCCGCCUGUUUCGAGUCAUGCGAUUGGUCAAGCUGCUGAGUAAAGGGGAGGGGAUUCGUACGCUGCUGUGGACCUUCAUCAAAUCACUGCAGGCUCUACCGUACGUCGCUCUGCUCAUCGCCAUGAUCUUCUUCAUCUACGCCGUCAUCGGCAUGCAGACGUUUGGGAAGAUUGCGAUGCAGGACUACACUCAGAUCAACAGGAACAACAACUUCCAGACGUUUCCUCAGGCUGUCCUGCUGCUCUUCAGGUGUGCGACAGGUGAGGCGUGGCAGGAGAUCAUGCUGGCCAGUCUUCCAGGGAAACGCUGCGAUCCAGAAUCCGACUACGAACCCGGAGAAGAGUUCAGCUGCGGCAGCAACUUCGCCAUCGUUUACUUCAUCAGCUUCUUCAUGUUGUGUGCUUUUCUGACAGUCUGA